AGUGCCCAGUUCUCAUCUGCUGAAGCUAGCUAGUAAACUAGAGCUCACAAGAAUGCAGAAGCCAAGCGUGGACGAGCAGCCUCUGCUCGGACCCGUGGAGAGGAGCGAGCAUGUGGCGGCGUUGGAGGAGGCGAAGCGACUGCUGCGGCUGGCCGGGCCUCUGGCAGCGGGCGGCAUCCUCCGGUCCGCGCUCCAGCUGGUGUCCGUGAUGUUCGUGGGCCACCUUGGUGAGCUUCCCCUCGCCGGAGCCUCGCUCGCCACCUCCCUCGCGAACGUCACCGGCUUCAGCUUGCUGGUGGGCAUGUCGAGCGCCCUGGACACGCUGUGCGGACAGGCGUUCGGCGCACGGCAGUACCACCUCCUCGGCCUCUACAAGCAACGGGCGAUGGUAGUGCUGGCGCUCGCCUGCGUCCUCAUCGCCCUCGUCUGGUCCAACACCACCCGGAUCCUCCUGCUCCUCGGCCAGGACCCGGCCAUCGCUGCAGAGGCCGGCUCCUACGCGCGGUGGCUCCUCCCGGCCCUCGUCCCGUACGUCCCUCUUGUGUGCCACAUCCGGUUCUUGCAGACGCAGAGCAUCGUCGUGCCGGUCAUGGUCAGCUCCGCCGUCACGGCACUGAACCACAUCCUCAUCUGCUGGGCGCUGGUGCACAAGUUGGGCAUGGGGAGCAAAGGCGCGGCGCUGGCCAGCACCGUCUCCUACUCCACGAACCUGGCCAUACUGUGCCUGUACACGAGGCUCUCCAGCGCCUGCAAGAGGACGUGGACUGGGUUCUCCAUGGAGGCCUUCAAGGAGCUGCGCCAGUUCGCCGAGCUCGCCGUGCCGUCCGCCAUGAUGGUUUGCUUGGAAUGGUGGUCGUUUGAACUGCUUGUGCUGCUGUCUGGUCUUCUGCCUAAUCCUAAGCUCGAAACCUCGGUAUUGUCGAUAUGUCUUAAUACGGGCGCUCUUAUGUUCACGGUGCCAUCCGGUCUCUGCGCAGCCAUAAGCACACGCGUUUCCAACGAACUUGGUGCUGGUAGGCCUCAGGUAGCGAGGCUGGCAACUAGAGUGGUCAUAUGCAUGGCCAUGUUUGCAGGCUCAGUAAUCUCCAUCACAAUGAUUUUGCUACGCAAAUCUUGGGGUUACAUGUACAGCAACGAGGAGGAAGUCGUUACAUACAUUGCCAGGAUGAUACCUGUCCUCGGGGUAUCUUUCUUCAUUGACGGAAUCCACACUUCUCUUUCAGGUGUGCUAUAUGGAUGUGGUGAGCAGAAGAUUGGUGCACGGGUUAAUCUCGCCGCGUUCUACUUGGCAGGCAUCCCCUUGGCUGUGUUGCUUGCAUUCAUCCUGCAUUUGAAUGGAAUGGGGCUUUGGCUUGGCAUCGUUUGCGGCAGCCUCACUAAGCUUGUGUUGCUUGUGUGGAUCGUACAUUCCAUAAACUGGGAGAAUGAGUCAAUUAAAGCAAAAGACAUGGUGCUAGAAACUUCUCUCCCGGUUGCAUGAAGAACCUUUCGGCGGACCGGAAACUGAUUAGUAUUGUUAUAUUUGUAUCUAGGCCAUUCUCCCAUUUUG